CUGGAGACUGAAGAGCGGCGGCAGACCGCGGGUCCCUCCUCGCGGCGAGUAGAGGUUUGUCUCUCGCGGCGCUGACGGUGGACGUGAACGGACGCGAAAAUGGUGACUGUAGCCCUGCCGGCGCACCGGCUGCUCAGCUACAUGCCGUUUGUGCUGGUCCUCCUGGAUCUUCAGUUGGAAGGAGUGAUAUGUGGAAAGAGCAACAGUGUUGAGCAACAUCUGGAGAUGGGGAAGAAGCUGCUUGCUGCCGGACAGCUGGCUGAUGCUCUUUCUCAUUUCCAUACAGCUGUUGAUGGAGACCCCAAAAACUACAUGGCUUACUACAGGAGAGCCACGGUAUACCUGGCCAUGGGAAAGUCCAAAUCUGCUUUGCCAGACCUCAGCAAAGUUAUCGAGCUCAAACCGGAUUUCACAUCAGCCAGACUUCAGAGGGGGAAUCUUCUGCUGAAGCAGGGGAAGCUUGAUGAUGCGGAGAGUGAUUUCAAGAAAGUGCUGAAAUCCAGCCCGAGCAGCAGAGAGGAGCAGGAAGCUCAGAACCAGCUAAAGAAAUCUGAUGAAAUUCAAAAAUUAGUGACCCAAGCUCGGAACGAUUUCAGUCGCAACGAUUAUGGUUCGGCAGCGUCGCACCUGGACAUAAUCAUUGAGACGUGUGCGUGGGACGUGGACUCCAGGGAGAUGCGUGCGGAGUGUUUCAUUAAGUUGGGCGAGAUGGGCAAAGCCAUCAGUGACCUCAAAGCAGCCUCCAAGCUGAGGAACGACAACACGCAAGCCUUCUACAAGCUCAGCACCAUCUAUUAUAACCUGGGAGACCACGAGAUGUCCCUCAAUGAGGUGAGAGAGUGCCUAAAACUGGACCCUGAUCAUCCCCAGUGUUUCAGCCACUACAAGCGAGUAAAGAAGCUCAACAAGCUGAUUUUAUCGGCUGAGGAACUGAUCCAGCAGCAGAGGUACGGAGAAGCUGUGAGUAAAUAUGAGUCGGUUAUGAAGUCGGACCCAAACGUCCCUCAAUAUGCCCUCCUUGCCAAAGAGCGUAUCUGCCACUGUCUCUCGAAGGAUCAGCAGGGUGCCCAGGCUAUCCCAGUGUGCAGCGAGGUUCUCAAAUCAGACCCAGAGAAUGUGAAUGCUCUGAAAGAUAGAGCAGAAGCUUACCUCCAGGACGAGCAAUAUGAAGAAGCUAUUAAAGACUUUGAGAGUGCCAAGAUGCACAGCGAAAAUGACCAGGAGAUAAAGGAGGGUCUGGACAGAGCUCAGCGCCUCCUCAAACAGUCGCAGAAGAGAGACUACUACAAGAUCCUGGGUGUGAAGAGGACAGCCCAGAAGAAGGAGAUCAUCAAAGCUUACAGAAAGCUGGCACAGCAGUGGCACCCAGACAACUUCCAGGAUCCUGAAGAUAAGAAAAAGGCUGAGAAGAAGUUCAUAGACAUCGCACAGGCCAAGGAAGUGCUCACUGAUCCAGAAAUGAGGAGUAAGUUUGACCAGGGUGAGGACCCACUAGACCCAGAGAGCCAGCAGGGCGGAGGCCACCACCACCAUCACUUCCGUGGGGGCUGGGAGAGCUUCCAAGGCUUCAAUCCAUUCGGUUCUGGACCCUUCAACUUUAAAUUCGGCUUCAACUGAGAGAGACCCUGGAGGUCAGGAGUUCGGACUGACUCGGUCUGGCCGUGCAGGAGAGAUCCGGGACCUGCUGAUACUAAUUGACACUAACCGGCCGCAGAUGUGGCUGCAGAUGCUGCCGUGGCAUUAAGAUGGCCUACUUUGUUGGAGUGGAACCCUCCAGUCUCGCUUAAGUGGACGUGAGCUGUGUUAUCUGAAGCAACUCCUCUUUCUUCAGGGAUCUUCUGAUUGAUGAGCGCGCUCGGUUUAUUCCAAAGCAAACGCUAUGCACACAUGGUGAUCUUUUCAUCCAGUCCUAUAAGACUAUUGUGUACAUAGAAAAUGACACUAUUUUUCUAUAAAUUAAAUAAUGCAAUGUUGUAAAUACUGAAAUAAAUCAAGGCGUAUUUAAUUAACAAA